UGCAGAAUUUACCCCUUAGGAAGUCUUUUGGAACACAGCCUUUGACAUUAGCAGCUGUUAAAGCAAGUCUUCUUUAAAACAACCGACGUCUGAGAAUCAAUUAUAAGCAUUUGACUGUCAGCUAGUUUCAUAUCCCGUGCUACAAGUGUUUCGCAACCACACACACACACACACACACACACACACACACACACACACACACACACACACACACACACACACACACACAGCUAUGAGCUUUUUCGGCUUUGGCCAAAGCGCAGACAUCGACAUAGUGUUAAGCGACGCUGAGACGAGGAAAAAAGCCGAGCACAAGAGUGAAGAUGGCAAAAGGGAGAAAUAUUUCCUUUUCCUUGACGGUGAAACGGUGAGCGGUAAAGUCAACAUCACACUGAAAAACCCAGGGAGGAAACUUGAGCAUUAUGGCAUCAAGAUCGAAUUCUUCGGACAGAUCGAGUUGUAUUAUGACAGAGGGAACCACCAUGACUUUGUUUCCCUGGUUAAGGAUCUCGCGCGACCAGGAGAACUUUCCAACUCCCAGUCUUUCGACUUCGAGUUUUCUCAUGUGGAGAAACCAUACGAGUCAUACACCGGCCAGAAUGUGAAGCUAAGGUACUUACUUCGUGCGACGAUAAGCCGCAGAAUGACCAACAUCACCAAGGAAAUGGAAAUCGUAGUGCACACGCUGUGCACAUACCCCGAGUUAAACUCCUCUAUCAAGAUGGAGGUUGGCAUUGAAGACUGUCUGCAUAUUGAGUUUGAGUACAACAAAUCCAAAUAUCACUUAAAAGAUGUGAUUGUGGGGAAAAUCUACUUCCUUCUUGUGAGGAUAAAAAUAAAGCACAUGGAGAUUGAUAUAAUAAAGCGAGAGACGACGGGUACGGGACCAAGCGUCUAUCAUGAAAAUGAAACCAUUGCCAAAUACGAGAUUAUGGACGGAGCACCAGUGAGAGGCGAAUCGAUCCCCAUCCGGUUAUUUCUCGCUGGCUACGAGCUGACUCCCACCAUGAAAGACAUCAAUAAGAAGUACUCUGUCCGAUAUUAUCUGAACCUGGUCCUUAUAGACGAGGAGGAGAGACGCUACUUCAAACAGCAGGAAAUCACACUGUGGAGAAAAGGAGACAUCGUCAAGAGGAGUAUGUCCCAACAGGCCACCAUAGCAUCUCAGAGGUUUGAAGGAUCGAAAGCUGGCAGUGCUGUGGUUAAUGACAAUGUUCAGUGAAAUGCUAGUGGUUUAUAUUUUUAAAAAAAAAAAAACGUUCCUGAGGGCUCAGCAGCACAGGAGUUCGGGAUCGACGGGAAAGCAGAUCAUUCCCAAAUAUCAUCCAGGUGUUCAAUUUUUAGACCUGUACAUGUCGAUUGGUGAGAUUUCCAUCCAAACCUGUCGAUUAUAAAUAAGUAGCUAUCCAACAAAAGCUUUCUACUUAAAAAUAUCCGAUUUUUUUUGCAUCAUUCAAAAACAUUCCUUUAUCUUUCCGAUCAAAUCAAUACUAAUUAUUUUAACGUCGUGUUUAUUCUGGUAAAUGAGCCUCAAUUAAACACUGGGAGAAUUUUUUGUGUUGUUGUUGUCAGAGGUUGCUCUAUUUACAGUUAGCUUCUCCGUAAUCCAUUUGCACACAAUAUUAUUCUGUAUUCUUGGAAUCAGGGAAGAGGCAGUGCAGAAACGCUACAGACGUUCAUGCUGCGUUUAGCUAAAACUCCGAACUCGAGACUAAGGAAUACCAAAGAAAAUGGGAAACAUGGGUCGGUCUCCUGAACCCUAACAAAGUAGAUAAGUUGUACUUUGUGUGUAGUACAACCCAACUACUUUAUUAGUAGCAGCUAACCUGCUACUAAUAAAUAACAUGCACAGAGGUCAGAAAUGUUCCACCUUCCUGUUAAAUCAUACGCAGCAUCGACAACUCAUAAGAUCAAAUGUUUUUGAAUAUAUAUUUUCUUAUGGAUUUUUUCCUCUUUUAAAUUUCUACUACUUCUGUGUACCUGUAUGUGCUAAAAGUAUGUAUGUAGUCCAAAAGUAUUAGACAUGGACACUCCAUAUAGGUGUUUAGGAACAAUGGGGAAAAUAUGGGUCAUAUUUCUGAUGGGUGCUUUUUAUUUCUGAUGAACUCUUUAUUUCUCGAUCUUGCCAUUUAGCGUCGCUCAGGUCAAGCAAUCUUCCAUGUUUUGUGAUGGUGGAAAGCACUCUUGCACAAUGAGCCAUACUGUGAAUAAACUUUGCUAUCUUUGGGUCAAAUUAUUUGUCCAAAAAUAAAAACAAAGUGGGGUAGCAGAACAUAGUUGGAAGUUUAAUGGAUUGGAAAUGAUUUUUGGUUUGCAACAAAAGCUACAAAAGUUUACCAGCUUUUCUCUGUACAGGGUAACAGCUAAUAAACCAUAAGCAUUAAUCUUGGUGGUCAGUAUGGACUUCAAGAACAUUUGUGAAGAUCCAAGAUAUAACCUCUAAGGGUUUUUAUCCUCACAGGGGGUUUGUAUCCUCCAAACUCGAGAUAAAGUCAAAUUCCUCUGAAAAGAAAAAACAAGUCAGGAUCAUGUGUGAAUAACUGUAAACCAUCACUGUAAUUAUCACCAAAUAAAACUUCUAAGAAUGCCUUAUAUAAAUAAAUAUUUUGGACAUGUUC